CGUGUGAUGUGGCGGUUGAGGCAGACCACAAGUCUAUGCACAUAAACCUCACUAAACCCUAAGCCAGUUAGUUCUCUUUAUUCUUUCCCGGCCAUCGGUUCACUGCAAUUAUACGCGCCCUCAAAUCAAUUCACAGAAGUUGUAACUAGAAGGUGAAAGAAAUGGAAGAAGAGAAAGAAGAAGUUAAAACCUUUAAGGAAUUAGGAGUAUGCGAUCAGUUGGUAACUGCUUGUGAUAAUUUAGGAUGGAAAAACCCUACCAAGAUUCAAAUCGAAUCAAUUCCUCAUGCACUUGAAGGAAAAGAUUUGAUAGGUCUAGCUCAAACGGGUUCUGGUAAAACAGGAGCUUUUGCUCUUCCUAUUUUACAGUCUCUUCUUGAAGCUUCUGAGAAAUCUGUCCAAGCUUUCUUUGCUUGUGUCCUUUCUCCUACUAGGGAAUUAGCCAUUCAGAUAGCUGAGCAGUUUGAAGCUUUAGGAUCAGACAUUGGUGUCAAAUGUGCUGUGCUUGUUGGAGGGGUAGAUAUGGUGCAACAGUCUAUUGCCCUGGGAAAGCGCCCUCAUAUUGUUGUGGCGACUCCUGGACGCCUUGUUGAUCAUUUAUCGAAUACAAAAGGAUUUUCUCUUCGUACACUGAAGUACUUGGUCUUGGAUGAGGCAGACAGGCUGCUGAAUGAGGAUUUUGAGAAAUCACUUGAUGAAAUCUUAAAGGUCAUCCCACGGGAGCGGAGAACAUUUUUAUUCUCUGCAACUAUGACAAAGAAGGUCAAAAAGCUCCAGAGAGCCUGUUUAAGAAAUCCAGUGAAGAUUGAAGCAGCAUCUAAGUAUUCAACUGUUGACACAUUGAAACAAGAAUAUCGCUUUAUACCUGCCAAGUACAAGGAUUGCUAUCUUGUGUAUAUUCUGACCGAGAAGUCUGGAAGUACUUCCAUGGUUUUCACUCGAACAUGUGAUGCAACUACCUUCUUGGCUUUAGUCCUUCGAAAUCUUGGUCUAAGGGCCAUCCCAAUUAAUGGUCACAUGACUCAGUCAAAGAGACUGGGAGCCUUAAACAAGUUCAAAGCUGGAGAGUGCAAUAUUCUCAUAUGCACUGAUGUGGCAAGUAGAGGACUUGAUAUUCCAUCUGUGGAUAUGGUUAUUAAUUAUGAUAUCCCCACAAACUCAAAGGAUUAUAUUCAUCGUGUUGGAAGAACUGCUCGUGCAGGACGAUCUGGGGUUGCGAUCUCACUUGUUAAUCAGUAUGAAGUGGAGUGGUUUAUACAGAUAGAGAAACUUAUUGGUAAAAAGUUACCAGAGUAUCCUGCUCGAGAAGAGGAAGUCUUGCUUUUGCUGGAGCCUAUUACUGAAGCCAAAAGAAUUUCCCAGACGAGCAUAAAAAAUAGUGGUGAUGCGAGGAAGAGGAAAGGUGAGAACGAGGAUGAGGAAGACGAAUUAGAAAAGUACUUGGGCGUCAGGAAUAAGAAGUCCAAGAAGUUUAUGAGAAGAAGAGAUUGACAACUCUAUCCAAGUAUUUGAUGAGGAGAUGCACAGAACAUCCAUCCAUCCCUUGACAGAAUUUUUCUCCUUCCAUUUAGGAGUAGGGAUGAUAUUUCGAGUGGCCUAUUUGGUAUUGUUUCGAAAUGUACGUCGGACUUGCGAUAGAAGGGCCGCCACUAUUAUUUAUUAACACGAUGCUUCAGUUUUCGAGUAUAAAAUGAAAUUGAUUUUUUUUUC